AUGCGCGCAGCACCCCCUCCUCCUCCUUGUUCGGCCUCGGCCUUCCGACGCCUCCCUCCCCGCCCGCAGCCACUCCCCAACACAUGCCUCUAUCCGCCGCUGCCGCUCUCCGCCGCGUCGCCGCCCGCCGCCUCGCGGUGCCUGUCUGUGCCGUGGGUGACCACCCCCGACGCGUCGAGCCCCUCCUGCGCGCCCUGCUUCCGCCCAUUCGCGCUCGUGGCUGAGCCCCCGUCGCCGCCCGCCACGACGCCGCGUCGCGCUCGCGCACCAGCGCGCGUGAGCCACGUCGUGGGCGAGCUCUGGCGCGCCCCCGUGGCGAGUCAAGGCCCGCGGCCGGCCUUGACUCCGCCCGGCUGGUACAUACGGACAGGAAUACCUCCUGCGAUGGUGUUCGGCUCCGGCGUGUGCGCCAAGCGCAUCGUGGUGGACACCGCCACCACAUGCUCAGCCGCCUAUCCUCGAUCAUUGCCAAGGAGCUGCUCAACGACCAAAAGGUCGUAG